AUGGCCUCCACCACCACUCGUAUUCUUGAUUAUACUCCUUUUCUUUCAUUGGUCAGCCGACUCCGUAAACCGAGUCCAAUUCGUGCACUGAUGCCGAUCAUGUCUCUUCCUGGUAUGAUCUCAUUGGCUGGUGGUUUACCAAAUGCUUCUACUUUUCCAUUCCAAUCCAUCAACGUGGAAUUGAAAAGUACAACAACAACAACUCCGACAACACUUACAGUGGAUGGUCAAUUAUUAGCAGAUAGUUUGCAAUAUCAUCCAAGUCAAGGAUUGCCUCAACUCACGAAAUGGUUGAGAGAACAUCAGAGAAAAACUCAUUCUCUCAUCGAGGAUGAAAAAAAGGAAGCGUGGGAUGUAAUUUUGACAACUGGAUCACAAGAUGGCCUCACAAAAGCUUUUGAAAUGUUUUUGAAUCCAUAUUGUGUUCAGGAACAUGCCUUGAAACAAUCCAGUGAGACAUUGAAUGAAGAUGAUAAUAUAAGAGAUGCUAUUAUUAUUGAACGACCAACAUAUUCUGGUUCUUUGAGUACACUUUUUACAUUACAACCACACAUGAUUGAAGUAGAUGUUGAUCAAUUUGGUCUCAUUCCUGAACAACUUGAGGAAUCUAUUCAAGAAUUCAAGAAGGAGCAUCCAAAGACAAUGAUUAAAUUCCUCUACACCAUUCCCAAUGGACAGAAUCCAAGUGGUUGUUCAUUGACUCUCGAAAGAAAAAAGAAAAUUUAUGCUCUCUCUCAGAAAUAUAACUUUUUAAUUUUGGAGGAUGAUCCAUACUAUUAUUUAGCGUUGGACAACCCAAGUGAGCCAGUUCCAUCCUUUUUAUCUAUCGAUACAGAUGGAAGAGUUCUCAGGUUUGACUCUCUUUCAAAGGUUCUUAGUAGCGGAAUUAGAUGUGGAUUUGUGACUGGCCCAAUUCAACUAAUCAAUCAAAUGGUUCUUCAUAUUCAAGCAAGUAAUUUGCAUAGCUGUGGAUUAUCUCAGGGAAUUGUUUAUGCAUUGUUAAGUCAAUGGGGAGAAGAAGGAUUUGCUCAACAUGUAAAACAUGUUCAAAAGUUUUAUACUUCUAAAAGAAAUGAUUUGAUUGAGUGUAUUGAUAGACAUUUGAAAGAUUAUGUUGAGUAUAGCAUCCCUGUAUGUGGAAUGUUUGUUUGGAUGAAAUUGAAGGGAAUCUCUGAUAGUUUAAAAUUUAUUGAACAAAAAGCCAGACAACAAAAUGUGUUAAUGCUUCCAGGCACAUAUUUCUAUCCUACAAAGGGAAGUGCGACACCUUAUGUGAGAGCUUCAUUCUCUAUUGCUUCAAAGGAACAAAUGGAUGAGGCAUGUAGAAGGUUAGCUAUUCUCAUCAAGGAAGAACUUGCCCAACAACAGUAA